GCGCCCCGAAUUGAGCCAUGCUCGGCCGCCAGACUCCUUGCCGCCCCCUCCCCCUCGUCCCCCUCGUCCCCCUCGUCCCCCUCCUCCUCUUCCUCCUCUUCCUGGCCUCCCCGGCCACUCCGGGGCCCAAGGAGAGUGACUUCUACAACUUCAAGGUGGUCAAUAUCAGGGGCAAGUGGGUGUCCCUGGAGAAGUACCGCGGCUCGGUGUCACUGGUUGUCAAUGUGGCCAGCGAGUGUGGCUAUACAGACCAGCACUACCGAGCUCUUCAGCAGCUGCAGCGAGACCUGGGCCCACACCAUUUCAAUGUGUUGGCCUUUCCUUGCAACCAGUUUGGCCAGCAGGAGCCAGACACCAACAAGGAGAUUGAGAACUUUGCCCGGAAGACCUAUGGAGUCUCCUUCCCUAUGUUCAGCAAGAUCGCUGUCCGUGGUACUGGGGCCAAUGCUGCCUUCAAAUAUCUAAUUGAAUCCUCCGGGGAAGAGCCAACUUGGAAUUUCUGGAAGUACCUAGUAGCCCCGAAUGGAAAAGUGGUGGGAGCCUGGGACUCAACUGUGUCAGUGGAGGAGAUUCGACCCAAGAUCCAUGAGCUUGUGGGGAAACUCAUCCUGGGGAAGAAGGAUGAAUUAUAAUCACUCCUGACUUUCUCCUUGACUUCACAAUGUCAAAUGUGAAUACUAAAUGUGAAUGCCAAAUUUUUUCCCACAGGUGCCUUGCAGGGAGAGAUUCCUCCUUCCUUGCUUUUUAAACCCAGGGAGAAAAACUUAGGCUUUCAGUGAUAUAUUUUCUACUUUUAAUCUAGACAGAACCAAUAAGAACUUGAGACCAAUAAGAACUCAGUAGCUUGUAAGAAUUUGUGGCUAAUAUCUCAGAAUCUCUUCCAAGUUACAACUUGGGACCAAUAAACACUCAGCAGCCUAUAAGAACUAUGGCCAAUAAGAACUCUGGCCAAUAAGAACUCAGCAGCCAAUAAGAACUUGAGAUCAAUGAGAGCCUAAAAGAAUUCAAGAGCCAAUAAGAAUUCUUCAUCAGCCUAUAAGAAGUUGUGGCUACCAAGAUUUCAGUAACUAGUAAGAACUUGGAGACAAUAAGGAUUCAGCAGCCUCUAAGAACUUCUGGUCAGUCAGAGGUCAAGAGGUAAUGAGUACCUGGAGCCAAUAGGAUUCCUCAUCAGCCUGUGAAAACUUGUAGCUAUUAAGUUCUGAGUAACCAAUAAGAACCUGUGAUCAAUAAAAACUCAUCAGUCUAUAAGAACUUGUGGCUACUAAGAUCUCAUGAAACAAUGAGAACUUGUGGCCUUAUCAACCUAUGAGAACUUGUAGCUAAUAAGAUCCCAGUAACCAGUAAAACUUGUGCCCCAUAAGAAGUCCUCAUGCCUAUAAGAACUUGCUAUUAAGGUCUCAGUAACUAAUAAAAACUCAGACCAAUAAGGACUCAGCAACAAGAGAUAAUAAGAUCUCAGUAGCCAAUAAUAACUCAUGGGCAAUAAGGAACUUAUAAACCAAAAAGAACCCUUUAUAUAGCCAAUAAGAACUCUUUGACCAAUCAAACCUCUCUAGCCAAUAAGAACCAUAGUCAAUGGAAACUCACAAUCAAAAAGAACUAACCAACUAGUCAGAAUUCUCUGUCAAUAAGAAGGAACCAACCAACUUCAAAAUGCCUAUGUGAGCAGAGCUGGGAGUAAGUGCCAGAGAGAGUGGGGAAGAGAGGAUGGGAGAUCUUAGUGCCUGUGGGAGGAGGAGGGAGAGAGAAAAGGAGGGGGUGAAGAACCCCAGUAAAUACCAAGCCCCAGGAUGAUUCCCACUACUAAGAAGACCAAACUGGAGCUAAGGAAGCCUGGUGCUAGUCCCAAUUAUGGGCAGGUACAAACUUCCCUCUGUGAUCUUCUAUAGGUUGCUUCCUUCCUCUGAACUUCAUUUUCCCCACCUGUAAAAUAGGGCCCAGUUGCACUAGAUGGUCUCUGAUGUUCCUUCUACUCCUAACUUCCCAAAGAUUCUUGACAGUCCCCCCUUAUCAUGUUCCACCAUAGAGCCAUUGUGGCUACAAAGCAACCUCCUCCCAGGACCUUGCUCCCCUUACAGGAGGGCCCCAGAAGUAGAGGAAGGAGUUUGCCACAUUUGGAGUCCAAUUCAGGACACCCCCCCAUCAUUCACAGUGUGUUAUUGGGUGGGGGAGAGAACCCUGACAACCAUGCAGCUCAAGCCCCUCAGAAUCUCCUCAGAAUUUCUGGGCUGGAAGGACCCUCAGAGACCAUCAGAACCUGAAUAAGUCACUACCAUUGAUGUGGCUGCUGGAGGUUUUCAAUAUGCUUUACCUAUGCAAUCUCAUUGGAUUUAGUCCACCCUAUACCUGACCAGGAAUCCCUUCUCUAACUUCCCUGACAAGUAGGAUUUUACAGAGGAGGAAACGAGCCCAGAGAGGAAAAGUGCCUUGACCAAGGUCACACAGCAAAUCAGGCCGAGCCAGAAUUAGACCCCAGAUCUUCUGUUUCCCUCUUCGGGGCAGUGACCUAACCCUGCUCACCUUUCACCAACUCAGUUCAUGAAGAGGUGAGCUGAUUCAUUAGCAUGGUUAGCAGCUAUUCUUGCCUUUUUAGAGGGGGAUGAGCAGGAAGAAACUGGGGGCUGUAGGGGGAAAGAGGUUUGGGCCAGGUCACACAGUGAGUCAGGAGGACAGAGAGGUCUAUCAAUGCCUAGCAUCUUUCAUGAUAAUCUCUAACACCGCCCUCCCUAAUCCCUUAACAAUAAAUUAAGCGCUACCUGUCCGUAGCCAUGGCCACCCUGACGUGCCUGGAGCAGAGGACCCACCUGCCUGCCUGACUGUGGGGCCCAGCUCCUUCUUGGUGCUGAUUUUAUCCUCAGUGAUGACUCACUCCAUGUAUGCAAACACAUCCAUUUUGAUAAUAAAGGUAUAUGGAAAACAAAA